UUCUAAAUUGAAGAGUUGGCAGCUAUGCACUCGUGCAUGUGCGCCGCCGCAGGAAAAAUCUCGAUGCGGCUGCAAAUAACAUUUAUCUAGAGUUGCAAUAAGUCAUUAAUAUUUAUGAUAAUUAGUCUUGCUUUCAACAUCGAAAUACUCAGUCUUGGAAGUCUGCUCAGAUUGUGGGACAAAACGUAGCAAGUCACUAGCUUGAUUCACGGAUACGGUACAACAGCGCUCAGCUUCAGUACAAACCAUUUAUUGUAUGCGCGAGUAGCUGUACAGUACGCGUUUCUGUGUAGCUGAUUUUGUAAGUUUAGCAUUGAAUUAUUGCACAGAUCGAGACCUCGCUCACACGGAAAACGAAACCAGGUACCCCUCUGUUUACUUAGGUAGGAGUGUGUGGCUAGGAAAUCUGGUAAGGAUCAUUUCGAUGUUAAUUUUAUGGUUGAAAUUUUUUAAUCGCUUGUUAAUAACAGCUUGGACAUACAUCUUUGGCUGAGAUGUAACCAAUAAGGGGGUUACUAUACACCAAGUUGGCAUCAGAUUGUCUUAGGAUGAGCGUUCCUGUAUUAUCGUUUCUACUGCUUGUCACUACGAUUUCUGACCAAAAGUACGUUGCAGGAGCAACUGGUGGAGAAGGUGAUGCGUCGAGUGUGGGUAUCAGAAUCAAUUCAAACAACGUCGAUGUAGGAGAAAAUGUCCGAAUUUGGUGUCUUCGGAGAGCCACGCAGCAAGCCAUUAGAGUCGAGCAAUGGAAAUUCAGUGGUCGUUUUAUCAGUGAUGACGUGCGAUUUUUGAAGAGAACGGUCUCUACAUUUAACGAAUUAUUCAUAAAGAGUGCACAAAUAUCGGACAGCGGGGACUACACCUGCGUGACUCUGUUGGGACAACAAACAGAAACGCUUCACGUAUCUGCUCCAAUAAUGGCGCGUACAGUGGCACCGUUCACUGCACGAGUUGGCAGCAAUGUGACGUUGCGAUGUGAUGCUAACAACUACAACUACAUCUUUUGGUAUCGGUCCUCGGGUAAUGUGUCCGCACUAGACACUGCUCGCACUGUGAUAAACGGAUCUUUUCUCGUUAUUACCGACGUGCAAAUGGGUGACAACGGAAGCUACACAUGUGAAGUGAUUGCCAACAAGGCGGUGCAUUUGAAAGUAGAGCUCAUAGUGUUGCCUAAUGCUCCCACACAUCAAACCAUCUCGGAUACAACUAUAGUCACAUAUGCAGACAUCAAAGUUUCUAAUCGCCUUGCUGUAGCUUCUGGGACUAUUUCUAAGUCUCACUCACCAAGCAAUUCAGAAACAGAACCUGCAAUCAUGACCUGUACACAACAACCCGUCACAGAGACGACAAACGGCUGGCCAUCUUGGUUGCUACCAGUUUGCAUCACCUCCGGUGCAUUCAUCAUUCUGUGCUUGGGUAUAUUGGUCUACUACUUGGCUCAACGCAUUAUUCAGAAACGGAUAAGAAUGCAAUACGACUGCCGUGGUCGCACAACCGAAGGAGUAAGUGCUGAAAAUCCGACUUACAGCUUGAAAACUCCGACAUCGAAGCAUUGGCAAAGGAAGAAAGAGGAGGACGUGAGACCGGUCGGUUUGCACUUUUACGAGACUAUACAGCCGAGCAACGACACAGACGCGGGACCUGCCGUCGACUCUGCCGGCUACGCAGUCAUGCACAGUCCGAUGCGCGGCGUGACCGUGGGAGACGACACAUCGCCUACAAGUACGACGGAGCUUCUACUGCCACAAACUGCUGGAUAUAUGGUCAUGAAUCAGAUUACCGUUAAAACUGAUGAAAAAGAUGGAGUCAACGAAAUAAUCGAAAACAACAACGAAGGGGAUAAAUGAUGAGUUGAUAUCAACGAGUUGGUACUAAACCUGAGUUCCUAAAACCAGACACUAGUGUAAAGAGUGUGUAGGAAACUUCAUAGUUAUUGCAGUUUGAAGUGGACGUACAGUAUUGAUCUAGAACUGUUUCAUCAUUGUAGCAGUGAAAGUUAGCAGUCUCAGUGUCAGUCUUUUACUUUGUCAGUUUUUCUUACAUUUUUGUAAAAUCAUCGAAACGGCAAGUUUGA